AUGGCCGACGCGCCUUCCUCGUCGUCUUUGUCGCCUCCUGCAGACGCGCCCGCGCCGUCUCCCACGCCGUCUCCUCCUUAUCAACUCCAAGACCCUCUUGACAAACCGCUCGCGAAAGACCGACGACCUGCGCGCGCUCCUUCCGUGCUCCAGUCCGAAGUAUCCAAUACAAAUUUCAAGAAUAAAGGCAGUCAGAGCUCGAGCUUCUCAUCGCCACUUCCCCCGUGCCCCGAGGACCUUCCAGCGCCUCCUCCACCCUCCUGUACCCCACCCAAGUACCACCCAAUCGAGGACGACGAGACGCGCAGCGUCGAGAGCACGGACGAAGUCGUUGAGCCGCCCACGUUCCCGACGCCUCCGCCUCCGCCUUCUCCGCCCGUGACGUCGCCUUUAGGAACGCCACCACCACCUCCUCCACCUCCUUUUUCUCCUCCAAGUGCUAAACUUGCUGUGGACUUGUCAGGUAUGUUGGAAAGUGCUGUCCAAGACGUUGAGAUGCCUCGUACUGCUACUGCUGCUGCUGCCGUUGCCGUUUCUCAUGACAAGAGAGAGAAAAGUGAUGGAGAAGACGGAGACGAUGAGCGGGACGAUGCAGGACAAUUGGUGGAUGUGGUACCGGUAGCUGACGUCUCGUCGUCGUCGUCGUCGGUGGUGAUUGCGUCCAUGAGAAGUGCAGCUGGAGAAAAAGAGAUCAUGGCGACGGACUUUUUGCGAGAUGUGACGAGUACGAAACCGCGCUUUUACAUUGGAGAUAUUGAUAAUUAUAGUAUUAUUGACAAGGUUGGAUCGGGGACGUAUGGUGAGGUGUUCAAGUGCCAGCAUAAAGUGACUAAAGACAUUGUGGCGCUGAAAAAGCUGCGGCCGGACGUGGAGAAAAAUGGGUUUCCAGUCACAUCGAUUCGCGAGAUGAAGAUCCUCAAGUACUUGAAGCACCCGAACAUUGUAGAGCUGAAAGAGGUUGUAACGUCAAGUGCUUCGCCUAAGGAAGGCAAGAGACCGCCUUUGUACUUUGCUUUCGAGUAUAUGGAACACGAUCUCUCCGGACUGCUGAACCACCCGCGUGUGAAGUUUACCCGCACGCAGACUCAGUGCUAUAUGCGGCAGCUGCUCACCGGCAUCGCGUUCAUGCACCGCAACAAGAUUAUCCACCGUGAUAUCAAAGCGUCAAACUUGCUGCUGAAUAAUCAGGGCAUGCUCAAAGUGGGCGACUUUGGUCUCUCUAGGUUUUGGAACGAAGUGAACGCGAAGGCUGGAAGAUAUACGAACAAGGUUGUCACGCUUUGGUAUCGACCACCGGAGCUGCUCAUGGGCUCAACGUCGUACGAUUUUUCAGUGGACGUUUGGUCCAUUGGUUGCAUCUUUGGCGAGCUGCUAGUGGGAAAACCCAUUUUGCAAGGAAAGACCGAGAUCGAGCAGCUCCAAUUGAUUUUUGGAUUAUGCGGCAUGCCAACGGAGGAAACCUGGCCUGGUUUCUUCAAGCUGCCAGGGUCAGACAGUUUCCAGAUGGAUGAUAAAUAUGUCUGUCCGUUGCGCAAGAGGUUUAAAAACUUUCCGCCGCACGCUGUGGACUUGCUGGAAAAAAUGCUACAGCUAGACCCUGCUAAGCGGAUCACAGCUGCAGAAGCCAUGGACCAUGAUUACUUCUGGCGUGUGCAAACGUGCAAGCCGCGAGAUCUGCCGAAGUUCUCUGUAUCGUCUACUCACGAAUACCAGUCGAAAAAGCGUCAUCACGAAGAGAUGACAGUGGCCGCUGCAGUGAAUGGUGGCAAUGCGAAAAGUGUUGAUCAGCAUCGCAAUACACGCCAGCGAGGGGAGCAAAGUGGAUACCGUGAACGAGGGGAUUACUUCCGCCCCAGCCGCUCCGAUCGCAGCAGCAGGCCCUAUCGCUCGCAGCGUCCGAACAGUGACUACUAUGACCGUGACCGCGAUCGCAGCCGGAGUCGAAGCCGCGAGCGCUAUCGCGAUCGAGAUCGUCGCGACCGUGAAUAUGAGCGCUGA